UUUUCUUUUUUUUUCCCACAUGUGACGUUUGAGGCUAGUAAGUUGUUUAAGACUGUUUACAACCCAAAGAAUAUUGAAGGGGAUCCAAAUACACUAGGUGAACUCUUAUAGAUGGAUGAGGAGACUUACAGAGGUGUGGUUUUGAGUCGAUGGAAACCUCAGAGAAGAUGUCUAACUGGGACGAGGAGUGGAACAUCUCGUUUGCAGGCUGUGGAUUUAGGAGUAUUUACUACCUGGGGGCUUUGAGCUGUAUCCUGGAGCGGGCCCCACGGCUGGUUCAUGGAGCGUCUAAGAUCUGUGGAGCUUCAUCUGGUUGUCUCGUGGCUGCAGCUUUGACUGUUGGGAUUCCCAUCGAGGAGUUCUGUGUUGAUGUUUUGGCUGUGGCGAAAGAGGCCAGGAAACACACUCUGGGAGUUUUCCACCCGACCUUCAGUCUGCUGCGGACAGUAAGGGACUCCCUGCUGGAGAGGCUCCCAGCAGACGCUCACCUCCGGGCCUCUGGAAAGCUCUGCGUGUCCCUCACCAGGCUGUCUGAUGGGAGGAAUGUUUUGGUGUCAGAGUUUGACAGCAGAGAGGAGCUCAUUCAGGUUCUGAUGUGCAGCUGUUUUUUCCCUGUUUACUGUGGUUUUGUCCCACCUUCGUACCGUGGAGUGCUGUAUAUGGAUGGAGCCCUGAGCAACAACAUGCCUUUGUUUGAGCACAGAAACACCAUCACUAUGGCCCCGUUCUCCGGCGAGAGUGACAUCUGCCCCAGAGAGGGGACAUUCAACUUCUUCGAGGUGCACUAUGGCAACGUGAGCAUCCAGGUCAACACCGGCAAUGUGCAUCGGGUCUGCACAUCCUUCCUCCCUCCCACACUUGAGAAGCUGGCUGAGAUCUGCCACAACGGUUACAUGGAUGCUCUUCAUUUCCUGAAAGAAAGAGACCUGCUUGGAACACAGUGUCUUCCUCCCAGUGUGACGGCGGAGAUGGACAUAGUCAAACCUGCUUGUUGUGAGCUGGCGAAGAAAGUUAAGUCCCAGAACACGGGGUUGAACGGACAAAACUCUCAUCAGGAAGAUCAUUGUUGGCUAAGCCCGGAAGUCAUAGAGAACCUGCCAGUUAGCUUCAAGAAAGUGCUGUGUGAGGCCUGCAGGGACAGUCAUGGUGGCAACACUCGGUGGUCUCAGCUCACCAAGUUCCCUCCAGUGAAGGUGGUUUUGUGUCUACUGACGCUCCUCAUGCUGCCCAUUGAGCUGAGCUUCUUACUCAUAAAAAGCAUAAUAUUAUCACUGUUGACGCUGACUGCAGAUCUCUGCAGGCAGACAUGGAAAAGCGGAGGCAAGGACCUCAACAGUACAUUUUCCAGGUCGUCUCACUCAGAUCUUAGAAGCCAGACAGGGGAAAACAUCAACAUUAAACCUCUGACCUCGACAAUCACCAGAAAUUCUAAGAGAACUCUUCACUGGGACAACAAUGGUAACCUGGCCCUCCUCUCCCUCACAUCCACCUGCACAGGUCCAUCCAGCUUCCCCUCCCCCAACACACCUGCAUACAGCAAGGUGACUUUAAACCACAGGAGUAAACGGACUCUUCAUCAAACAUCAACCGGGCAGAAAAAAGCCUGUUUAGAACUGCAAAUGUGAAAUAGAAUACCUAGAAAUAGAAUAGCUUAAUUGAUAUGUAUUUAUAAUCUCUGUGUAGGAGAAGAAAUGCAUGUUUAGAUUUGUGUUUCGGAUCUUCUGCUACGUUAUGAACCAUCCACAUCUCUCAGGUCGUCUGGUUCAGGUCUGCUUUGUGUGUCUAGAGUCAAAACUAAUCAUGGAGAAGAAAAGUUCAGAUUUUAUGCACCACGUCUUAAACAAUCUCCCCAAAACCUGCCGGUCUGGUUCAACCCUCACUUCUUUUAAAUAAAGGCUGAAGAUUUUUGUUUGCUGCUGCCUUUUAUUAAGUUUAUUCAUUGUUUACACCGUAAUGUAACUUUUACUCUGGUGCUUUAUACCUUUUAUUCUAUUCAAGCUCUUUUUUAUUUUCUAUUCUCUGUGCUCUUUAAUGACUGUUUGAAAUGUCCUUUUAUAAGGUGUUUCUUUCGCACUGUUUUGAUGUUUUUAAUGUUUCAUGUAGAGCACUUUGAAUUGCCUUGUUGCUGAUAUGUGCUACAUAAAUAAACUUGCUUCGUCUGA